GCUUUUUGCAGUUCUAUUUAAUCAGCGACUCUAUCCAAGGACAAUUACAGCUUCUCGCUCCGACUAUCAUAUAAGGGCUAAUCGACUGCGCAUUAAGAAUCAGGUCCGGCAAAAUGUCAAAUUACGCUCUCACCCAGGCUGAAAAAGACCACUUCAUGAAGCAUGGCUACGUCCGUCUCACCAACUGCUUCUCCCGCGAAAAAGCAGCCGAAUGGACGUCAGAUGUAUGGACACGCCUGGGCUACUCACCCACCGAUAAAGAAACCUGGACAUCAGAGCGAAUCCACAUGCCGUCGCACCGCUACGAGCAUGUCAAGACGUUUGCUCCCAAGGCAUGGGCGGGGAUAUGCGAGCUGCUUGGCGGCGAAGAGCGCAUAGCUGAAUGGUCUGCCACUUGGAACGAUGCAUUGAUUGUCAACUUGGGUACGAAGGAGUGGGAAGGGAAGUGGCCGGAGCCGAAGGGAUUGCAUGGAUGGCAUGUCGAUGGGGACUUUUUUAUUCAUUUCCUCGACUCGCGAGAACAGGGGUUGCUUGUUAUUCCAUUAUUCAACGAUAUAGUAGAACAUGCGGGCGGCACGAUGAUCAGUCCUGAUGCCAUUCCACUGCUGGCAAAGUAUCUGCACGAUCAUCCCGAAGGUGUUUCGCCCCGUAUGGUGCCGCGAGGCCAGAAGCCCCCGCCUGAUAACAAUGACGGAUUCUACUCUGGACUGAUCCAACAAUGUCAUGACUUUCGUGAAAUGACCGGGAAUGCCGGUGACGUCGUCUUGAUGCAUCCACUGAUGGUUCACUCAGCAUCUAUCAACAGUCUACGGAUCCCGCGCAUCAUUACGAAUCCGCCUGUUUCUCUGAAGGAACCGUUCAAUUUCGACCGCGAGGAUCCGAGACAGUACAGCAUGGUUGAGCAAAAGACACUUCAGGCAUUGGGGGUCGAUCAGCUUCGCGGGUGGAGGAUUGUUGGCGGGCGAGAGGAUGUGGUUCCCGAGCGGCUGCUUGCACAGGCUGAGAUGAAGAAAAAAGAGCUGGAGAGACUGGCUGGAAAGUAAUACUAUCUUUACUAGACUUACUCUGUGAUUAUUGAUUGAGCCAUACAGGUAGUUAUCGCUUAUUGAAUCUUCGAGCUGAGAGAUAAACUCAAGAGCGACCUUGUAAUGCUGAGCAAUAUAAGUACACAACUUUUACUCACGAUUCAGGCAUUUCCUGCUAUUAAUAUAGUACGAAUAAACCUAGUUUGAGUCGGUCGCCACAGACGAAGGAGGCUUGAGUACUUGGGAGUGUAAUCACAACCCUAGCACCAGGUCUUUACUUUGUUAUUGAUGCUAAGGUACCUCCGUCCAAAGUACACAUUUUAGAUCAUCAUACAUCACCCAAGCAAAGUCUACAUCAAAAUGGGAUCCUUUCCGUACCCCCUUCGUUCACUCAACCGUGAUUUUAAAUUCG